AAGCAGAUGGUUAUAUUUAUACCCACACAGACAAACAGACAGGCUGCAGGAUCCACAGACAUGGUGUUUCAAAGAACCAGGUAGAAGCCUCCUGGGCUCCAGUUAACAACAAGGCACAGCAGGGUAGCUGAGAUCAGACAGAACCUGAAACCUCUGUCACAGGUCUGAGAAAAUUAUACAGUGCAAGAGCUGCUACACCUCUGUGAACAACUGCAGACGGUAGUGAGCUACAAGAUCCAGACUGUGUAGAAACCAGAUUAUUUGGACCAGAAGAGUCCAAAUUAGCUCGAACCCCUGGAGCUGUUGGAAAGGCGCAAAGGAGAGUCGACAUGCCUGCCUCAGGAGGGACGGAUCCAAAGGGAGAAGAUUUCUCGACUGCUAUCCUGAAGCAGAAACACAGGCCCAACAGACUUAUUGUGGAUGAAGCUCUAAAUGAAGACAACAGCAUUGUCAGCUUAUCCCAGAAUAAGACGGAGGAGCUGCAACUCUUCCGGGGGGACACAGUGGUGUUGCGGGGGCGGAAGCGUCGCCAAACAGUGUGCAUCGUUCUGACUGAUGACAGCUGUGCAGAUGAGCGGAUCCGCAUGAACCGUGUGAUACGCAACAACUUGCGUGUCCGGCUUGGUGAUAUCAUCAGUAUCCAUGCCUGUCCUGAUGUGAAGUAUGGGAAGCGGAUCCAUGUCCUCCCUAUAGAUGACACCAUUGUGGGUCUGACAGGGAACCUCUUCGAGGUCUUCCUCAAACCGUACUUCCUGGAGGCUUACCGACCUGUACACAAAGGUGACAUCUUCCUGGUGCGAGGGGGCAUGCGAGCGGUGGAAUUCAAGGUGGUGGAAACUGACCCUACCCCUCACUGCAUUGUUGCCCCAGACACCAUCAUCCACUGUGAAGGAGAGCCAAUCAAAAGAGAGGAUGAAGAGGAGAGUCUUAAUGACAUCGGCUAUGAUGACAUCGGAGGUUGUCGAAAGCAGCUGGCCCAGAUCAAAGAGAUGGUGGAGCUGCCUCUCAGACACCCUGCCCUCUUCAAGGCUAUCGGAGUUAAGCCUCCAAGGGGAAUCCUGCUAUAUGGCCCCCCAGGCACUGGAAAAACCCUUGUGGCCCGGGCUGUGGCCAACGAAACUGGUGCCUUCUUCUUCCUUAUCAAUGGUCCCGAGAUCAUGAGUAAGCUGGCAGGAGAGUCAGAGAGCAACCUGAGGAAAGCUUUUGAAGAAGCAGAGAAAAACGCCCCAGCCAUCAUCUUUAUUGAUGAGCUGGACGCCAUUGCACCCAAGAGAGAGAAGACACACGGUGAGGUGGAGAGGCGGAUAGUUUCCCAGCUCCUGACUCUGAUGGAUGGCCUCAAGCAAAGAGCUCAUGUUGUUGUCAUGGGAGCCACAAACCGACCCAACAGCGUGGAUCCUGCUCUAAGACGCUUUGGCAGGUUCGACCGUGAGAUAGACAUUGGAAUCCCAGAUUCAACUGGCAGACUGGAAGUCCUGCAGAUCCACACGAAAAACAUGAAACUGGCCGAAGAUGUGGACCUGGAGAGGAUCGCGGCAGAGACCCACGGCCAUGUGGGGGCCGACCUAGCUGCCCUGUGCUCAGAAGCUGCUCUGCAAGCCAUCCGCAAGAAGAUGACUCUCAUAGACUUAGAGGACGACUCCAUCGAUGCUGACCUGCUCAACUCAUUGGCUGUCACCAUGGAUGACUUCAAAUGGGCACUAGGACAGAGUAACCCCUCAGCUCUGAGAGAGACCACAGCAGAGGUACCUCAGGUCAGCUGGGACGACAUCGGAGGACUGUCGGAGGUCAAGAGAGAGCUGCAGGAGCUUGUGCAGUACCCAGUCGAGUAUCCAGAUAAGUUCCUGAAGUUUGGGAUGACCCCGUCCCGGGGAGUGUUGUUCUAUGGCCCCCCAGGUUGUGGGAAGACCCUGCUGGCUAAGGCCAUUGCCAACGAGUGCCAAGCAAACUUUGUUUCCAUUAAAGGACCUGAAAUGCUCACCAUGUGGUUUGGAGAGUCAGAGGCCAAUGUCAGAGAUGUGUUUGAUAAGGCCAGGCAGGCGGCCCCCUGCAUCUUGUUCUUUGACGAGCUAGACUCCAUUGCCAAAUCCAGAGGGGGCGGGGCUGGAGACGCAGGAGGGGCGGCCGACAGAGUCAUCAACCAGAUACUCACAGAGAUGGAUGGCAUGACCAACAAGAAGAAUGUUUUUAUCAUAGGUGCCACAAACAGACCAGACAUCAUAGACCCUGCCAUCCUGCGUCCGGGCCGUUUGGACCAGCUCAUCUACAUCCCCCUCCCGGACAAGCCCUCACGCACGGCAAUCCUAAAUGCCAACCUGCGCAAGUCUCCUGUUGCACGCGAUGUGGAUCUGGAGUACCUGUCUGGCAUAACGGAGGGAUUCUCUGGAGCCGACCUGACAGAGAUCUGCCAGCGCGCCUGCAAGCUCGCCAUCCGUGAGGCCAUCGAGGCAGAGAUCAAGGCUGAGCGCCAGAGGCAGAGCAGACCGGGCAUACCCAUGGAUGAAGACUAUGAUCCAGUCCCAGAGAUCAGGAGGGAUCACUUUGAAGAGGCCAUGCGAUUUGCUCGCCGCUCCGUGAGCGAUAAUGACAUCCGCAAGUAUGAGAUGUUUGCUCAGACUCUGCAGCAGAGCCGAGGUUUCGGAAACUUUAGGUUUCCUUCUGGUUCCCAGUCUGGAGGUCAGGGGUCAGGUCCUGGAGCGGGCGGAUCAAACCUCUACAGAGAUGAAGGCGAGGAUGAUCUCUAUCAGUGACAAAAACUUACAGUCAAGAUCCCCGUUGCCCAGCUGCGUCCGCCCUGCUUGAACAAAUGGAAACAGAUAGUGUGUAGAAAAACACAGGAGGCAAAGGAACAGUGAAAGAGAAAACAUUUAUGGCUAUUCUGCUCUAGUCAUAUUUAAAAUUUUGGAGUAAAAAAAAAAGCAUUAAAUAUGUAACACAGUUGCACUAAGUUCUAUAUUUCUAUCCUGCAAAGCUGAACUGUAAGCUGCAUAGCUUGUUGUAUUAAACUUGUAUAAGU